AAGUAGGUUCAAUUAAUCCCAUUCAUUUCAUUUAUUGAUAUUUGUUAUAAAAAGGGAGAAGGGAAUGAAUGAAUAAAUCACUCACUCCACCAUCCAUCCCAACCUCCUAUGGCUAUGGAGCCUCCGAGCAAUUCCUCUCGCGGCGGUUGGAAAUCCGCCAUUUUUAUCAUCGCUGUGGAGGUAGCAGAGCGAUUUGCGUACUAUGGAGUUUCUGCAAAUUUGAUGAUGUACCUGACAAAGGUGUUCCACCAGCCGAUGGCGACCGCCGCGAGAAAUGUUAAUAAUUGGAUCGGCGUCUCCGCCGUGUUCCCCGUGCUCGGCGGUUUCCUCGCCGACUCGUACGUCGGUCGAUUUAGGAUGAUCCUCGCCUCCACCAGUAUCUACCUCCUUGGCCUUAUCUCGCUAACCAUCGCCGUCUCCGUCGUUCCGCUGCAAUUCCGGCACACGGUUUUCUUCACAUCUCUGUACAUUCUCGCCGUCGGCGAAGGCGGUCACAGACCGUGCGUGCAAACCUUCGCCGCCGACCAAUUCGACGACAGUAACGCCGAGGAGAAGGCGGCGAAGAGCUCCUUCUUCAACUGGUGGUUCGUCGGAAUCGUCUUCGGCGCAACGAUGGCGGUUCUGGUGGUCGUCUACAUCGAGGAUCACAUCGGAUGGAGCGUAGGUUACGCUAUCCUGUCGGCGGCGGUCGCCGCCGCGCUCAUCGUGUUUUUGGUUGGGAGCGGAAGCUACCGGCGGGAGGUUCCGGUGGGGAGUCCGUUCACGAGGCUCGCGCAGGUGGCCGUCGCCGCCGCAAGGAAGCAGCGACUAUCGGCGAAGGAAGCGCGCGGCGUUUGCAACGAAGAGGAAGAUAGUAACCUCUACGGCGGUCGGAUUCUCACCAGUACGGCUAGAUUCAGAUUCCUAGACAAAGCCGCCAUGAUCGACGGCGAGGAUGCUUUGCGCGAAGUCAGAAAUCCAUGGCGACUCUGUUCAAUCAACCAAAUCGAAGAAACUAAACUCGUCCUCCAGCUAAUUCCGAUAUGGCUGACCUGCCUGAUGUUCGCCGUCGUCCUCGCGCAGGUGAACACCUACUUCACCAAGCAAAUCAGCACUCUCCGGCUCCACCUCACCGCCACCUUCCAGGUCCCGCCGGCCUCCUUCCAGGUAUUCCCCGGCCUCACCAUCCUAAUCUCCAUCGUCCUCUACGAGCGCCUCCUCGUCCCCUCCUUCCGCCGCCUCACCGGCCACCCCUCCGGCAUAACAAUCCUCCAACGAAUCGGCACCGGCCUAGUCCUCUCCAUCCUCACCAUGUCCGUCGCCGCCCUGCUCGAAUCCAACCGCCUCCGCGUCGCCCGGCAGCACGGCCUCCUUGACCAGCCGACGGCGGUGCUCCCCAUGGCGGCGUGGUGGCUGAUCCCGCAGUACGUAAUGAUGGGUUUCUGCGACGUUUUCACGGUGAUCGGACUGCAGGAGCUCUUCUACGACCAAAUGCCGCCGGGGAUGAGGAGCCUCGGCGCGGCGGCGUAUCUUACGGUCACCGGCGUCGGAAACUUUAUGAGCAGUAUUUUGAUAACGAUUGUGAAGUGGAUUAGCUCAAAAGCAGGGCAGCCAUGGCUGGGCGAUAACCUCAACAGGGCAAAGCUCGAAAAUUUCUACUGGCUUUUGGCGGCGAUGAGCGCCGCCAAUUUCUGUGGGUAUCUCUUUGUGACGAACAAGUUUUUGUACAAGAGAAUUGAAGGGGAGAAGAAGGAGAUGGGGCUUCUAGAAGAUCCUAUAUAUAAUUAGAUAGUAAUUUAGAUUGAUUAAGUGGAAGAAAAUAAAUGAGGAUUAGUUUAGUUUAGUUUCGGGGAACUUGGUUUUAAGUUCUUUUUAUUAUGCUUAUUUAUUUAUUGAUGUUUAGUUC